AUGAUGCUGCACAAAAAAGUGCGCCUACUGCUGUUCCUGCUUUCCCAGAUGGUGCUCUUUGUGCUCCUGUUCCACACGUACGGCCAGGACUCCUUCUCCCUGUCCAGGAAGGAGGAGCCCAAGCCCAUGCACGUGCUCAUCCUGUCCUCGUGGCGCUCAGGCUCUUCCUUUGUGGGGCAGCUUUUCGGGCAGCACCCAGAUGUCUUCUACCUGAUGGAGCCUGCCUGGCACGUGUGGAUGACCUUCACACAGAGCACGCCCUGGAGGCUGCACAUGGCAGUGCGGGACCUGAUACGCUCUGUCUUCCUGUGUGACAUGAGCGUCUUUGAUGCCUACAUGUCACCCGGGCCCCGGAAACUGUCCAGUGUCUUCCACUGGGACCACAGCCGGGCCCUGUGUUCCCCACCUGCCUGUAAUGUCUUCCCUCGGGACAAGAUCAUCUCCCAGGCUCACUGCAAGCUCCUGUGCAAUCGAGAGCCCUUCGAGGCGGUGGAGAAGGCCUGCCGCUCCUACAGCCACGUGGUGCUCAAGGAGGUGCGCUUCUUCAACCUGCAGUCCCUCUACCCGCUGCUGACAGACCCUUCCCUCAACCUGCACAUCGUGCACCUGGUCCGGGAUCCCCGGGCUGUGUUCCGUUCUCGAGAACACACAGAGGCAGAACUCAUGAUUGACAGCCACAUUGUGAUGGGGCAGCAUUGGCAAAAGAUCAAGAAGGAGGACCAACCAUACUACACAAUGCAGAUCAUCUGCCAGAGCCAGCUGGAGAUCUACAAGGCUAUCCUGUCCCUGCCCAAAGCCCUAAAGCAGCGCUACCUGCUCAUGCGCUAUGAGGACCUGGUCCGGGACCCCCUGGUCCAGACGUCCCGAAUGUAUGACUACGUGGGGUUGAGAUUCUUGCCCCAUCUCCAGACCUGGGUGCACAACAUCACCAGAGGCAAGGGCAUGGGUGAGCAUGCCUUCCACACAAAUGCCAGGGACGCCAUCAAUGUGUCCCAGGCCUGGCGCUGGUCCUUGCCUUACACAAAGGUUUCUCAAAUUCAGAAAGUCUGUGGUGACACCAUGGAUUUACUGGGCUACCACCAGGUCAGAUCUGAACAAGAACAGAAAAAUCUGUCACUGGAUCUUCUGUCUACCUGGAGGCCCUCAGAGCAAAUCUACCAACAGGACUGA